AUUUAAACCCAUACAAUUCGCCACCUUUUCCAUAACCCCUUUCAUCUCCUUCCCAAACCAUAACCCCAAACAAUCACAAACCCUUACACUACGCUCAAAUGGCUACCUUACGCCUCAUCAUCAUCCUCACACUAUCCUUCACCGCCACCGUGAUCUCCGUCACCGGCCACAACAUCACCGAAAUCCUUAACGAGUUUCCGUCCUACACUUCGUUCAACAACUACCUAACACAAACAAAACUUAACGACGAGAUCAACCGCCGCGAAACGAUCACUGUUCUCGUGUUUAACGACACUGUUGUGUCGGAGUAUUUGUCGGGUCUUGAUAUUUCUGUUGUGAAGAAUGCUUUAAGUGUUCAUGUUUUGUUGGAUUAUUUUGAUCUGCCGAAGCUUCAGACGAUCGGCGGUGGUAGCGUGAUGACGACUACGCUGUUUCAGACUACCGGAGAGGCGGAAAACGGAGCCGGAUUUGUUAAUAUUACGGAUCUGGUUGCAGGCAAGGUCGGAUUCGGAUCCGGUGGUUCCGGAUCCAAACUCAACGCUCUAUUUUCUCGAUCCGUGAAGCAAAUUCCAUACAACAUCUCAGUGAUCGAAAUCACAUCUCCAAUCAUCGCGCCAGGUGUUCUAAACCGAUCUCAGCCGUUGGAUGUAAACAUCAGUAGCUUGUUGGAAAAGUCAGGGUGCAAAACAUUUGCAAAACUAAUUUCAGACACCGGAGUGUUACAGAUCUACGAAACGACCGAGCCGAGAGGCCUCACGGUGUUUGCACCGUCGGAUGCAGCGUUUAACGCUGCAUCCUUACCAGAUUUUAAAAACUUAUCGAAUAACGAUCUCAUUUCGCUGUUGUUGUAUCAUGCGCUUCCGGUUUAUGUUCCUAAAGGUAGUUUGUUGACUGUGAAGAAUCCAAUCGGAACUCUGGCCACAAAUCAGGUUCAGAAAUUUGAUCUAACGGUUCGAACCAACGGUGAUUCUGUUACGCUUGAUUCCGGUGUGGAUAAUUCGCACGUCGAAAGCACGCUUCUCGAUAAGGUGCCGUUAAGCAUCUUCAAAAUCGAUCAUGUUCUAAUUCCGGCAGGUUUUUUUCCUCACUCGCCGGAAUCUGCUCCGGUUAAGUCGCCGGAAAGUUCGCCGCCGGCACCGGUCGUGCCGAUUACCGCUCCUGUUUCGACUCCGGUUCAGGUUCCGGUUCACGGACCGGUUGCGGCGUCUCCGGCACCGGUGGCGAGAAAUUCGCCGGUGAAAUCUCCUCCGGUGUCGUCGCCGACGACGUCAUCUCCGGUAGCUGGACCCGCUCCGGCGGAUAGUCCGGAUGCGGAUACGGGGAAUAAUGAUAAUAAUAAUUCGAGCGGCGGAGUUAAAGCUUCGGUGAUGUUUCUAGCCCUAGUUACGGUGGCGGUUUCUGGUAUGAUUUCGUCUGUUUUUGGUUAAUGGUUAAUUGUGGUAGUUUGUUUGUUAAUUUAUGAUUUGAUUUUGUCUGUUUUGGUGUUUAUGAUCUAUUGCUUUUUUUAUGGAGAUUAGCGGUUAAUUAGACUAUGAUUUGGGAAGUUUAAUGGUACUUAUUAUGGUUUUUGAAGU